CCUGCACAUUCAUUCUGUGUCUUUGUUAUAGUUCACGAAUGGACUGUAUUAGUAUAGCUUUCUGAGAAUUAUUUUUUUAUUUACGUUUUCCGUCAUUUUGGCUCAGUUUGAAAAAGAGGGGACACUAUCCAAUCGCGUCAGGACUCUCCAGACCGAGUGGAACGAAGUAGUGUAUAACUGAGAGAGAGAGAGAGAGAGAGAGAGAGAGAGUGAUUAGUCUACCUGUCCCAUCUCGCUGGCUGCGUCUCAUUUCUUCCCUGCAUUUCGCCAAGACAUCAGGGCAGAUUGAUUACACAGCAAUCCUGAGCAUCAAACGUCCAGAAUGAGACAUUUAUUUGUGUGUGUUGCUGCACUGCUGGCUUUAGCGAACAUCGUGGAAGCAAGGCCCAAAGCAGCUGGAAAUGAAAAGUGUAAGUCUGGCCCGGUUGACCUUGUCUUCAUAAUUGACGGCUCACGCAGUGUUCGACCACAUGAGUUUGAGACAAUGCGGAAGUUUAUGAUUGACAUUAUAAAUGAGUUGGACAUCAGCCCCAAUGCUGCCCGUGUUGGUGUUGUUCAGUACUCCAGUCAAGUGCAGAAUGUAUUUUCCCUGAAACAGUACAUCACCCAUGGGGAUAUGGUCAAGGCCAUCAAAGAAAUCAUUCCCCUGGCACAGGGUACCAUGACAGGCCUGGCUAUCCGUUAUGCUAUGAAUGUGGCAUUCUCUGCUGAGGAGGGGGCUCGGCCCAAUGUGCCUCACGUAGCGGUGAUUGUUACUGAUGGGCGGCCUCAGGACCGUGUUGCUGAGGUAGCUGCAGCUGCUCGAGAGUCUGGGAUUGAGAUUUUUGCUGUGGGCGUAGCCAGAGCUGACAUGACAUCCCUAAGAGCCAUGGCAUCACCACCUUUCGAAGACCAUGUCUUCCUAGUGGAGUCAUUUGAUCUCAUUCACCAGUUUGGGCUCCAGUUCCAAGACAAGCUUUGCAAAAUUGAUCUAUGUGUUGAGUCAGACCACGGAUGUGAUCAUAUCUGUGAGAGCUCUCCUGGCUCCUAUCAGUGUCUCUGUCUGCCAGAUUACAUACUCCAAGAUGAUGGAAAGACCUGCAAAGCUAUUGAUUUGUGUGUGGAGGAAAAGCAUAACUGUGAGCAAAUCUGUAUCAGUUCUCCUGGGUCUUUCAGCUGUGACUGCAUUACAGGCUAUGCACUCAGUGAAGAUAAGAGGACCUGCACAAUGAUAGACUACUGUUCAUUUGGAAAUCAUAGCUGUGAGCAUGGGUGUUCCAGCAUCCUUAAUGGCUUCAACUGUCACUGCAGGGAAGGAUACACACUGAAUGAUGACAAAAGGACCUGCACAAUGAUCGACUACUGCUCAUUUGGGAAUGAUAGCUGUGAGCACGAGUGCGUGAGUGUGCUUCAAAGCUUUUAUUGCCGCUGCAAUGAAGGAUAUGCUCUCAAUGAGGAUGAAACAACUUGUUCAAUGAUCAACUACUGUUCAUUCGGAAAUGAUAGCUGUGAGCACAAUUGUGUGGGUGUCCUUAACGGCUUUUACUGCCAGUGUAAUGAAGGAUACAAACUAAACAUGGAUGAAAGGACCUGCACAAUGAUCGACUACUGUUCGUUUGGAAAUGAUAGCUGUGAGCACAAGUGUGUUAGCAUUCUCAACAGCUUUUACUGCCUCUGUAAUGAUGGAUACAAACUCAAUGAUGACAAGAAGACCUGCACAAUGAUUGACUAUUGUUCAUUUGGGAAUCACAGCUGUGAUCAUGAAUGUGUGAGUGUAUUAAAUGGAUUCCAUUGCCACUGUAAAGAGGGAUACACACUUCAAGGGGAUGGAAAGACCUGUCAGGCGGACAACUUGUGUAAUGUAGUAGAGCAUGGCUGUGAGCACCAGUGUGUGAGUACAGCAGGAUCAUACCAUUGUAUCUGCCCCGAGGGUCAUCUUCUACAAGAUGACCAAAAGAGCUGUGGAAGCUGCAGAUCAGCCAACAUUGACUUGGUUCUUCUGAUUGAUGGCUCUAAGAGUGUACGGCCACAAAACUUUGAGCUCAUCAAGCAGUUUGUCAACCAGGUUGUGGACCAACUAGAUAUCUCUGCUCAUGGGACACGUGUGGGUCUUGUUCAGUACUCCAGCCGGGUGAGGACUGAGUUCCCAUUAAGUAUGUACAAGAGCAAGGAAGAGAUCAAGGCAGCUGUGAUGAACGUAGCCUACAUGGAAAAAGGAACCAUGACAGGGCUUGCACUAAUGCACAUGGUGCAGCAAAGCUUCUCUGAAGCUGAGGGUGCCCGGGCUGCUUCAAGAAACAUACCUCGUGUUGGGCUAGUAUUUACUGACGGACGUUCUCAAGAUGACAUAACAGAAUGGGCCAAGAAGGCCAAGGAAGCAGGAAUUACAAUGUAUGCUGUUGGUGUGGGCAAAGCUGUAGAGGAUGAGCUGAGAGAGAUUGCAUCUGAGCCAGUGGAGAAACAUUUCUUCUACACCUCAGACUUCACCGCUAUCAACCAGAUUGCAGAGAACCUUAAACUUAAUGUCUGUCCAGAGGAGAGUCAGGGUGAAAUAGAAGUGAAGGACCCCUGUGCUUGUGACAAUCUGGUGGAGUUCCAGCAGGCUACAACUGUCACCCUCAACCAGCUCAACCAGAAACUGUCAGUAAUGACUACACGAUUGGAGUAUCUGGAGAAGCAGCUGCUCCAAAGAAAAUGAGAUUAUUACACCAUCUGCAAGACUAGAGCUUUCAGGGGAUGAGCUUGUUAUGUAAAAUUCGUUUUACAUAACCAGUGGUCUGUGGGGAUUGAAUAUAUAAACUGCAUUUACAUUAAGAUUAAUUGUGCAUGACAAUACAUGCACUAGAGUCCAUAAUAGAUGCAGUUUUACAGUUUUCAUUGUACCCUGUUUAUAGUUGUCCUUUUUUUAAGCAAUUAUUAAAAAUAUUUAUGAUCAAUUUUUUCAUAUGAGCACUGCUGUAUGGUGUACAGUUUAUACAUUUAACAAAAUUUAAUUUUUUUAUGUUUUUUUAUUGAUUUUUUUAGAAUGACAUAAAUUUAAAUAGAAAGUACUUAUAUAAAGACAGAUGACAGAUUAAAGAAAAAAACAACCAAAUGUGUCAUGGAAAAGUGUCACUACAAACUACCAGUACAGUGUCAAAAUGGCCACAUAGAUUCUGUAAGUCUUUGGAACAUAACUAGAGGGAUAGUACGCUGUUCAUCCCAGAGAUACUGUAUUUGAUCAUUUACUGUUUUGAUCUUAGUAAAGAUUGUUGGCUAAUACAGUCCAAAAUUGGCCAUAAGUGUUCCCUAGAGCUAAGACCUGCCGUGAAGGCCACAGCAUAUGAUUUAGAUCUUUUUCAUAUUCAUUAAACUAGUCAGUGAGCCCUCAUGCCCUGUAGAUGGCGACACUGUCAUCUGGGAUGAUAUCACUUCCAUUAGGAAAAGAAUCAUGAUAAAAUUUAUCAGUUUGAAAAAUAAUUGAUUUGUCAUGCACCUGUUUAGAUAAUAAACUAAUUACUGAAUUGUGUUAUUUCUGUAGUUACCUAUAUAAUUAAAUUUACUAAUAUCUUAAAUAAUUCUGGUUUGAAAUAUCCUGGUUCAGCUAUAGUUGACAAAAAGUUGCACAUACCUACAGGAUCAAUGAUCAGUUUCAGUAAGAGCUCUUUACUUUUUCAUGCUUUUUGUCCUCUGUGAUUAUUAUUUUAUAGUGACCAGCAUGUGAAAUGAAGAUAAUGAAAUGCUGUUAAAAUUCUGGACUAAAUGAUUUUCAAGAUUAUCAUUUAUUAUUUGAAUUUAUCUGUGUAAAACAGCUUUAGUGCAGAUUAUCCCAUUUAAUUUUGUAACCCCUGAAUUUGACCCCUGUUCUUUAUAUACUUUCUAAUAAACAAA